GAUUGUUGUUUAAACAGUUGUCUUCAAACGUCAUUUCGGAGUGUUGAAAAUGAAAAAGCACGGAUUUCUUUUUUUCUCUGUUUUUCUUCUUCUUUAUGGAUUUGUUUUUGAGGUUGUUCAAUGAUGACCCCAAUAGCCAAUUACCAGAUUUAACUUGGUAUAACGUGGCUAUUGCGUCGUCAUUUUUAGUAGUUAAUGGUAUUAUAUCAUUAUCCCUUGGUUUAAAACUAGAGAAAUCAUUAUUGACCAGUUCAAUAAGAUGCAUUAUUCAAUUAACAAUUAUGGGAAACAUAUUAGAAAAUGUAUUCAAGGCUCAACAUCCUGUCUUGGCAAUGUUAAUGACAUUUGUCCUUGUCUUUUUAAGUUCAAUAGAAACAGUAUAUAACAAGUCAGAAUGGUCGUUUAAUGGCAUGUUCCCUUCUGUGUUUUUAUCAACAGCCUUUUCAACCUUUUUCAUUGGCAUCGUUGGAACACGUUAUGCUAUGAAUGAAAGACAGUUUUGGUUACCCGAAUUAUUCAUUCCGACCAUUGGUCUACUCCUUGGUAUCACCACGGGUGCUAUAGCCGUAGGCAUCUCAUCUUGUCUAAAAAAGGCGGGAGAAGAAUCAGGUCAGAUAGAGACUUAUCUGAGUUAUGGUGCCAGUCGAGAGGAAGCAGGAAGAAGUAUAGCCAAGGAAUCUAUCCGUCUAGCCUUAUUACCUACCAUCAAUCGAAUGUCAGUUAUUGGACUGAUUACUAUUCCAGGUGCUAUGACAGGUCAAAUUCUUGGUGGCGCACCCAUUAUGAAAGCAGUGAUGUAUCAACAGAUCAUCACCUUUAUGAUAUCAGCUACGUCCAGUCUAAGUGUCUUGGGCUCAGUCUAUUAUUGCUUACAUCGCUUGAUUGAUAAAAAGCACAGACUUCGAACAGAAAGAGUGCAUAAACAUAAAGCAAAUAUACUACAUGACAUCAAGUCACUCUUACUUGAUCUCUGUUGCUUUGAUAAAAUCACUACAGAUGGCAGUGAUGACAUCAGCAGCAGCAGUGAUAGCAACAAUAAUAAGCAUAGAGAAUCAUCACCUCUUUUAAACAAGAAACAACUUCCUUCAUACCAUUAAAGAAAAAGUAACAAGAUUGAUCUGAAUGUAAAUCUAAAGUCACACAUAUUAUAAUUUACCAUCCAAUCACAUUUUACGGAAUAUGUUUGUCACACUGAGUCUUACAAAUACAAAAGUAAGGGCUUGACUU